AUGACAUCCGUAUUGGUCAAUGUCCUGGUCCUGAGUCUUUUUGCGGUUGAGCGGUUAAUCUUGCGUUUUGAAGACUUCCAUCACACUGGCAACGCUGAGAGCGUUGCCCCCGCUGGGCUAGCGCCAAUCCCUGAUGUUGAUGCCUAUGGCUCAGUCCUUUGCUCAGCUGCUCCAUGUUUUCUACUUCACCAUCACAACAAUCCUCACCAUCGCCUUUACUCCGCACUAUCACUCCUUCGAAUUCCCGCACAGCACGCUCUCCACUCUUCUCGCCUUCGCUCUCCUUCGCUCUUUCUGCUCGUCUUCGUCGUCGCCGCUCCAGUCAUGCCUGGGACUACUCGCGGCAAGGCCGCUCAACGAGCCAAUGCCGAACAUGCUCGCAACUCCAAGAUCGCUGCCUCCGGUGGCUCGCGUUCGGCCGGCGCUCCCCGUUCCACUGCUGGUGAUCGCUCUGGGCCCGAGUCUCGUCGCCGCACCGCCUCUCCGAUCAAUGAUGAUGUAAGCCCGUUUUCUCGCUCGUCUGUCAAGAAGCAAUACAACUCUCAAGCUGGUGCUCCUCGCGAGUUCGCCUGCGAGCGUUGCGUUAAGCGGUGGGCUUCGAACAAUGGUAAUGGGCUUUGUUAUGAUCGGGCCAACAGCAAGAGCGGUCGCUGCGAGGCCUGCGGAAGCCAUGUGUGUGCUCUGGUCGACGAGUCGAUCGCCAGUGACGUUUACGCCGCCAUGAAGCAAGGCAUGCGUGAGCAGCGCAAGGACGCUCCCUUUCAUAUUGUCAAGAAGUACCGCGAUGUCGUCUUUGAGAUGAUCCAGAAGCUUGAUGAUCGCAUUAAGUCUGAGCGUCCAUCUACUCGCGCUUCUGAGAAGGCCCCCGUGUCCCAUGACAACAAUGAUCAAUUCGUUUCUGAAGAGGAGGACGUCGUUUUUGACAUCGAUGAAUACCAUGCCCGCUCUUCUCAGAAAGAGGAGGACUAUGUUGAUCUCUCUGGCGAGGCUGACUACACUACGCCUACUCGUAAGACGAGCAUCUUUCGCCAGGAUGAGUAUGAUCCUUUUCUUGAUCGUGAGCCUUCUGCUGGUCCUUCGUCUGCUCGAAAGCCUCAGCGUCUUGCUGUUCCUGAUCGCGCUGCUGUUCGUCGCAAGUCUAUUCAAGACUUUGCUGAUCGCAUUAGCAAGAUGGCCAUUGAGUUUGCCGAGAAGCUUGAGCGUGAUGAAGCUUAG